AUGUCGAAGGCCGACUAUUUGAAGAAAUAUAUGACCGAUGAUACAAAGGAGAAAGAAAAAAAGAAGAGGAAGAAAAAGAAAGUCAAAGGCAAUAUCGCGAUCAUUGACAACGAUGUGAACUGGGACGAAAUGAAAGCAGAUGAGCACGAAGAAGACGCACCGCAAGUUGUUAAUAUUGUCGAUAGCAGGUCUGAUGCAGUAAAGAGGAAGCAAGAUGGGUGGAAGAAAAUUGGAGGCCAAAGCAGAGACGACUCCCCGAAAAGGUCGAUCAAAAGAGCGUCUCCGCGAAGAGCCAGGAAAGACUCUUCGCCUUCAGACAGCUCUCCACCACGAAGAAAAGCUCCUCCUCGUCGCCACCCCGCCGAAAACGAAAGGAUUCAAGCUCUUCUCCUCCAAGAAGAAGUAGAAAAGACUCGGACACAUCUCCCCCAAGAAGAAGAAGGGUCGAUUCUGAUAGCUCUCCUCCAAGAAGAAGCCGGAAAGAUUCGGAUUCGUCUCCUCAAAGAAGGAAAAGGGUUGAUUCUGAUGAUUCUCCGCCAAGAAGAAGUCGAAAAGACUCCGAUUCUUCGCCACCCAGGAGAAAACGAGCCGAUUCGGAUGCUUCUCCGCCAAGAAGAAAGCGCAAAGAUUCCGACUCAUCGCCUCCUAGAAGAAAACGAGUUGAUUCUGACGAGUCACCUCCAAGAAGAAAGCGUGUUGACUCCGAUUCCGAUGAUGAACAAGCUAAUUCAAGGAAUGGAUCUCGCCUCAAAUCAGUUUCUCAUCUAUUUUUACUAUUGCGAGUCCGUAAAAAGACAGAAAAUGAUGGACGGGACGAAAUCAGGGUUAAACACAAAGUCGGAAUUCUUGGCGAUGAAACCCCAGAUGGGCAAAAAUUCGAAUCUUCAAAAAAUCAUCGACGAGGCAAAAAAUGCCGAGACAAUUUAUCGAGAUAAAUCUGGCAAGAAGCGGGACUUUAAAAAAGAAGAGGAACUUGACGAAGCCGAGAGGGCACGGAAGGAAGAGGAACUCAAGAAUUAUAAAGUCUGGAAUAAGGGAAAGAAGCAAUUAGAACAAAAAGAGGAAAACAUCCAAAGCUAUCUCAAAGAAAUUGAAAAACCCCUCGCUCGAUACAAAGAUGAUAAAGAUUUCAACGAUAUGAAGAAGGCUGAGAUGUUUGCAGACGAUCCAAUGUACGAGUACAUGAUGAGUAAAAACAAAACCAAAACCAAAAAGGCAAGACAACAGUCGAACAAAAAGAUGUAUACCGGCUCAAGCACUGCCCCGAAUCGGUUUGGAAUCCUUCCUGGAUAUCGCUGGGACGGCGUCGAUCGAUCAACUGGAUUUGAAACAAAGCUUUUCACGUAUCACAACGAAAAGAGAAUUCAAGUCACUGAAGCUUGGCGCGCCAAUACUGAUGACUUUUAG